AUGUCUUUCCGAGAUGAAUAUCACGAUGAAAGCUACUUGAUCGAAGCCAAAGACUAUGCACCCAGUACCGCAAGUGAAAGUUCUCAAGCCCAUCAGCCGUCCUGUGACGAACAAGGUACCCAACCAGCUAGUUGCGAGGAUGGCUUGCCUCUGGUUGAUGGAGGAGUCCAAGCAUGGCUAUUUCUGACAGCGUCGACUGUGCUCGAGGCACUUGUCUGGGGUUGGGCCGGUGCUUUUGGCAUCUUCCAGGACUACUAUAGUGUCCACGGGCGAUUUAAAGGAUCUGCAAAUAUCGCCGUCAUUGGAACUUGUGCGAUGGGUAUCGCAUAUCUCAUCGCCCCUUUAGCGAUCGUAUUCAUGAUCCUCGUACCUCGUCUUGCCCGUUGGGUAUCAACCAUCGGAGUAGUAAUAAUGUGUCUAUCACUUGCAUUGGGCUCUUUUUCUCAGAAUGUAACGCACUUGGUCUUGACUCAAGGGAUUUUCUUCGGGUUUGGGGGUUGUCUCGCUUAUACACCGUCAAUUCUAUUCAUGUCAGAGUGGUUUAUCACGAAGAAAGGCCUUGCGUUUGGCAUUGUGUGGGCCGGCUCUGGGAUAUCAGGAGUGAUGUUCCCACCCGUCAUCGAAUGGCUGCUAGACCAGUACGGAUUCGAGACCACGCUAAGGAUAUCAGCAGCAGUACUAUUUCUUCUUUCCGCGCCGUUUCUCUACUUUCACAGACCGCGUCUUCCAGUAUCAACAGAUGUGCGUCACGACCGACUCGAUUUCCGUUUCCUAUAUAACAAAGUGUAUCUGAUUUAUCAGCUUGGGAACACGGUAGAAGCGCUAGGAUACUUCCUACCAACAAUUUACCUACCCAUGUACGCUCGCAGCCUGGGUGCCAACGAGUUUCUAAGCUCGUUGACAGUGGCCCUCGUGAACCUUGCAUCUGUGUUUGGCUCGGUACUUGCAGGGUUUCUCUCCGACCGUUAUCACGUUACUACCGUGAUCCUGAUUUCAACCGUUGGCACCGUUCUGUCUGUGUUUUUCGGUUGGGGAUUCGCCGUUACUGUUCCAGCUCUCUAUGUUUUCUGUGUCGCCUAUGGGCUUCUGGCGGGUGGGUUUUCAGCGACAUGGUCUGGCAUGGCGAAUGAAAUUAAAAAGGCCAAUCCAAAUGCGGACGUCACUGUUAUCUUCCCGUUCAUGGAGCUCGGCCGAGGAAUCGGGAAUAUCGCUAGUGGUCCAUUGAGUGAAGCGUUGCUGAGAGCGGAUACCUGGAGAGGCCACGCGUGGGGAGCCUAUGGGAGUGGGUACGGUGCUCUUGUGGUUUGUACAGGGGUAACUGCUGUCGUUGGUGGGGUUUCGGUCGUGGCCCGGCAGCUUAGGUGGGUGUGA